GUUUGACCCUUCGUCGGUGAGCUCGGAGGCUGCCGCCAAUACAUAUACACGCGAGAAAGGCAGGAUAGCCAGGCCCACGAGGAGGAGGAGGAGGAAGCGAGAGAGAGAGAGAGAGUAAUGGGGGAGUCGAGCUCGAGCGGGUCGGGGUCCGUGUCCGUGGAUGUCGAGCGGAUCUCCUUCGCCCGCAAGGAGCAUCAAGUGAGAACGAGAUGGGGCUCCUCUGUGUCCGUCGCGGUGUACGGUGACCAAGACAAGCCCGCGCUGGUUACAUACCCUGAUGUAGCCUUGAACUACAUGUCCUGCUUCCAAGGACUGUUCCUCUGCCCGGAAACAGCUUCUCUGCUGCUCCAUAACUUCUGCAUAUACCACAUCAACCCCCAGGGCCACGAGUUGGGAGCGGCUCCGGUUCACUCUGAUGUUCCGGUGCCAUCUGUCGAUGACCUCGCCGAUCAGGUCGCGGAUGUGCUUGAUUACUUCAGUUUAGGAUCGGCAAUGUGCCUGGGUGUUACAGCUGGUGCCUACGUCCUCACUCUUUUUGCGACGAAAUAUCACGAAAGGGUGGUAGGGCUUAUGCUGGUUUCCCCUCUGUGCAAAGCCCCAUCAUGGAGUGAAUGGCUGUACAAUAAGGUGUUGCUAAAUUUGCUUUAUUACUACGGCACGCGAGGCUUGGUCAAGGAGUGCUUGCUUCAGAGGUACUUCAGCAAGGAAAUGCGUGGCAGCGCUCAGUGCCCUGAAUCAUACAUCGUGCAGGCCUGCAGAACUUUGCUUGGUGAGAGGCAGGGUGAGAAUGUCUGGCGAUUUCUCCACUCAAUGAACAAGAGGCAUGACUUAACCGAGGCGCUGAGGAAGCUCCGAUGCCGGACGCUGAUAUUCGUGGGAGAGAACUCGCAGUUCCACGAGGAUGCCAUCCAUAUAACAACGAAAUUGGACCGGAGAUACUGCGCGCUAGUCGAGGUUCAGGGCUGCGGCUCCCUUGUGACCGAGGAGCAGCCGCAGGCGAUGCUGAUGCCGAUGGAGUACUUCCUCAUGGGGUACGGGCUUCGCAGGCCGCCGUCGUAUCAGGUGGUGAGCAACGGCAGCCCGCGCGGCCCGUUGAGCCCGUGUCGCAUAUCGCCGGAGCUGCUGUCUCCCGAGAGCAUGGGGGUGAAGCUGAAGCCCAUCAAGACCCGGAUCUCGCUUGACUUCUGAUGCUGGCAAAGCGCCUCGCUCGAUCCGGGAUCUCAGAGAACUGUAGGCGUGCGAGUUUUGAUUGAACUCGCGUACUGCGUAUAUACCCCGAGAAUGGAAGUUUUUGUUUUGUUUUGUUUUGUUUUGUUUUGUUUUGGAUAGCCUAUAAUCUACAUCAGCGAAGUCGAGCAGAGGGUAAUCUGUGCUGGAGAUGUGGACAGGGCGGUUCUUUGUUCGGUUCGUUUUCUGUAGUUAGCACAAUAGUAUAUGUUAUACAGGAGUAGUCUGACACAGCAGAAAUAAGGAUCCAUGGUAAAUCGGAAA